CCUCACUCUCUCUUUCUCCUUCUGUCAGUCAUUGAGUCAUGAUGGCGGAGCGGACGGUGCCUCAUGCAUAUCCCAUGAGUACUCAGUGUGAACUGAACUCUCCCAGAAGGAUCUACGACCAGAACUUUGGAGAGGCUCUUACCCCCCAGGACCUCCUCACCCCCACCCUGUAUCAUGGUUACUAUGUCCGUCCAAGAAUCACCAAGCAGCUAGGGCGGGGCUUCUCUGAUAUAGAGGCGGAGCCAGGGAAGUGGACCGUUCGAUUGGACGUGUGUCAGUUCACUCCUGAUGAAGUCACCGUUCGCACUGUCGACAACCUACUGGAGGUCAGUGGUAACCACUCCCAGAGACAAGAUGUCCACGGGUUCAUCAGUCGGUCGUUUACGAGGACCUACAUACUUCCUGUGGGUGUCGACCCUCUACUGCUCUUCGUCGACCUAUCACACGACGGCAUCCUCUCUGUCUCCGCUCCCCGGACAACCCCCGACCCGCCCUCCUCACACACGCAUAUCAUACACACACACACCGACAAGACAACCUAGUGACGACACACAGACACAACCAAAAUACGACCUAGUGUCCUCUGUCAUGGAUCAACCCCAAUUCCCCCUAGGAUCAACCCCAACACCCUCUAGGAUCAACCCCAACACCCUCUAGGAUCAACUCCAACACCCUCUAGGAUCAACCCCAAUACCCUCUAGUGUCCUCUGUCAUGGAUCAACCCCAAUACCCUCUAGGAUCAACCCCAAUUCCCCCUAGGAUCAACCCCAACACCCUCUAGGAUCAACCCCAAUACCCCUAGUGUCCUCUGUCAUGGAUCAACCCCAAUACCCCUAGUGUCCUCUGUCAUGGAUCAACCCCAAUACCCUCUAGUGUCCUCUGUCAUGGAUCAACCCCAAUACCCCCUAGUGUCCUCUGUCAUGGAACAACCCCAAUACCCCCUAGUGUCCUCUGUCAUGGAUCCACCCCAAUACCCCCUAGUGUCCUCUGUCAUGGAUCAACCCCAAUACCCCUAGUGUCCUCUAUCAUGGAUCAACCCCAAUACCCCCUAGUGUCCUCUGUCAUGGAUCAACCCCAAUACCCUCUAGUGUCCUCUGUCAUGGAUCAACCCCAAUACCCCCUAGUGUCCUCUGUCAUGGAUUAACCCCAAUACCCCCUAGUGUCCUCUGUCAUGGAUGAACCCCAACACCCUCUAGGAUCAACCCCAAUACCCCCGAGUGUCCUCUGUCAUGGAUCAACCCCAACACCCUCUAGUGUCCUCUGUCAUGGAUCAACCCCAAUACCCCCUAGUGUCCUCUGUCAUGGAUUAACCCCAAUACCCCCUAGUGUCCUCUGUCAUGGAUUAACCCCAACACCCUCUAGGAUCAACCCCAAUACCCCCGAGUGUCCUCUGUCAUGGAUCAACCCCAACACCCUCUAGGAUCAACCCCAAUACCCCAUAGUGUCCUCUGUCAUGGAUCAACCCCAAUACCACCCGGAAUGAGAUAUAUGGAACGCAGACCUUGGGAGAUAGAACAAGGAAUGAAGACCGUGGGGGAAAGCAGAAGGAACAGAGACUGUGGGGGUUAGUAGACUGUGGGGGAUAGGAGACUGGCGGAUAGUAGAAGGAACGUAGACCAUGGGGGAUACUAGAAGGAACGUAGACCGUGGGAGACAGUAGAAGGAAGGUAGACCGUGGGAGAUAGAGCAAGGACCGUAGACCGUGGGGGACAGUAGAAGGAAGGUAAACCGUGGUGAACAGUACAAGGAACGUAGACUGUAGGUGAUAGCAGACUGUGGGGGAUAGCAGACUGUAGGGGAUAGCAGACUGUGGGGGAUAGCAGACUGUAGGGGAUAGCAGACUGUGGGGGAUAGCAGACUGUAGGGGAUAGCAGACUGCAGGGGAUAGCAGACUGCGGGGGAUGGCAGACUGUAGGGGAUAGCAGACUGUAGGGGAUAGCAGACUGUAGGGGAUAGCAGACUGUGGGGCAUAAGUCGCCAUCAUUGGUGCCCAUUCAGCGAUGCUGAUCUAACAUGGUGGAUAUUAAUCAAGUCCGUCAUGAUUGAUGUGUUCUAUCAGGCCCACAAUGUGGUUUCUACAAUCCCAUUGAUGUGUUCUAUCAGGCCCACAAUGUGGUUUCUACAAUCCCAUUGAUGUGUUCUAUCAGGCCCACAAUGUGGUUUCUACAAUCCCAUUGAUGUGUUCUAUCAGGCCCACAAUGUGGUUUCUACAAUCCCAUUGAUGUGUUCUAUCAGGCCCACAAUGUGGUUUCUACAAUCCCAUUGAUGUGUUCUAUCAGGCCCACAAUGUGGUUUCUACAAUCCCAUUGAUGUGUUCUAUCAGGCCCACAAUGUGGUUUCUACAAUCCCAUUGAUGUGUUCUAUCAGGCCCACAAUGUGGUUUCUACAAUCCCAUUGAUGUGUUCUAUCAGGCCCACAAUGUGGUUUCUACAAUCCCAUUGAUGUGUUCUAUCAGGCCCACAAUGUGGUUUCUACAAUCCCAUUGAUGUGUUCUAUCAGGCCCACAAUGUGGUUUCUACAAUCCCAUUGAUGUGUUCUAUCAGGCCCACAAUGUGGUUUCUACAAUCCCAUUGAUGUGUUCUAUCAGGCCCACAAUGUGGUUUCUACAAUCCCAUUGAUGUGUUCUAUCAGGCCCACAAUGUGGUUUCUACAAUCCCAUUGAUGUGUUCUAUCAGGCCCACAAUGUGGUUUCUACAAUCCCAUUGAUGUGUUCUAUCAGGCCCACAAUGUGGUUUCUACAAUCCCAUUGAUGUGUUCUAUCAGGCCCACAAUGUGGUUUCUACAAUCCCAUUGAUGUGUUCUAUCAGGCCCACAAUGUGGUUUCUACAAUCCCAUUGAUGUGUUCUAUCAGGCCCACAAUGUGGUUUCUACAAUCCCAUUGAUGUGUUCUAUCAGGCCCACAAUGUGGUUUCUACAAUCCCAUUGAUGUGUUCUAUCAGGCCCACAAUGUGGUUUCUACAAUCCCAUUGAUGUGUUUGUCUGUUUUCGCUGCAUAAUAUUUAGACAUUUCUGAAGAUGUAUAUUGUUGCUUAGUGAUGCUCUAGUUUACAAUAAAAUAUACCUAUUGUUUUUGUAAUAAACAAUAGUGUUGUUUCUUAAACUAGAAUAUAGUCUAAUGAUCUCCAUAGAUCAUAAAUAAAUGAAUAAAUAAGGAUUGAGUUCUCGAAUUGAAUGGUUUAUUAACCGGAACACAUGCUACUGUUUGGUCUUAGCCUCCACCAAAUUAUUCCCAAUUCAACACUCUGUUAAGAUGUGAAAGAUGCAGAACAAUGCAAACAUGGCAACACAUCAAACCUGUAGUGCCCAGCGCCCUCCCCAGCCAUCCGGCCGUUGCACCAACCCAAGGAUGCCAGGCCCCCGAAACAUUUCCUUCCUUUGAUUGUCCGACAGAAUAUCAGAACACAGGCACAUAACUGUCCAAGCGGGUUACUAGUCAAUACAAUUGUUUUGUGAUCUUUUUAGAUUGGUUCUGUGAAUAAUAAAAGUCAAGUUUAAAGACUAA